GGAACUGGGACCAUGUCUCUGCCGUCCCACACCCCUAGCGCUCCCCUCAGCCCCUCAGCUGGAUGUCUAGGGAUGGGCAAUCUGGGCGAGCUCUGGCCCAGUCUGGCAGGAUCCUAAUGCUGGGAUUCUGAGAAUCAUAGUCUGUGAUCCUGAGAAGCUUAAGGCUGGGUCCAGGAUUCUGGGGUAAUGGGGGAUGCAGCCCCAGGAAAGGGGGCUGCUAUGGCCACAUAAGGGGCAUGAACACUUACAUGCUGCCCCCACCACAAGCUAGGGCACCUGGCACCAGGUGCACUGCUGCAGGAGCAAGUGCACACAGCCUGGUGCCAGCCCCCGGCCAAGCCAGCAGCUUUACGUGCAUGGUCUGCCCAGGCCGGCGGUCCUAGCGGGCAGCCACAAGCAGCUGCAGGGUAACAAGGCGGCAUGAGGCAAAGCCCACCAGCCAGUGGCACAAAGGGGGUGCCACCACCUUCUGCAGCUCCCGGGCACCACCACUGGCAUUGUGCUUCCCGGGGGACAGCUUGGGCAGCGGUAGCGCCAUGACACCGUGGACCAGCCUAAGGAGUCGUUGGAAGUGCCAGCAGGUGCGGCGGCAGCUCUGGGCGCACAUGCUUGGUUUGGGCACGUACUGGUCAUCGCCAGAGGCCAAGACAGGCUAUAGGGCCGAGGGCCAGCUGCCGACAAGCCACACUUCCAUAUCCUGCAGGUUCCAGGUCGCCAGGGACCACUCCCAGGGUGCACCAUCUGUCCUCUACAUUGGGUGAAGGGUUCAAGGCCACAGCUGCCAGGAGCAGCAGUUGGAGCAAGGGGAGGAGUGGUUGGGCUCCCUGGGAUUGGGCCAUGGCGAGGCACCCUUCCUGCCUGCCCCACAGGAGGGCUCUCUGGUUUCUCACCGUCUUCCCUCCCUCCUUUCCUCCCCUGCUAUCAUAUCAGCAGCUCAGCCUUGUUGCUGGGAGCUCUUUGCCCUGGUACUGCCCUAGUGCACCCAGAGCCCAGCCUCAGGCAAGGAGGGGCAUGGCAGGCUGGGGGCUCCCAAGGGGAGGGAGGACAGUGUGUCAGGGAUCUCAGGCUUUCAGGGUUCAGCCAUGCCACAUGCAUGAGUCCAGACUUCCUCAGAGUCUAACAGUGCAUUACUUUCAUACAGGGUGGUUGUGGACCUCCAACUGAAUGACUCCAAAAUCCUCCCGUGCUAAGUCCAGAAUCCUACAGUUCUGCCCUUGUAGAUCAUACAAUUCUACAAUUCUAAUUCCUUAAUUCUGACAGCUCUGAAUUCAGGUUUGGAGAAUCUAGGUAUGAUUCCUAAUAUCUUCAAUUCAAUGAGUCCUCUCUGUUUCCAAAAAUUCGGGGGUGCUCUGCAUCUGGAAUGGGUGACAUCAGGCUUUAGAGAAGCCAUGAAAAUCCCAGGGGCUUACAGGAAGCCAGUUCUGAAGAGUCUGUUCCCAGCGUCUCAGGCCUUGAUUACAGGUCCUGGCUUCAUCAGCAUCCCCUCACAGACAUCCCCUUGACAUUUACCCACCCUCCCAGCUUCUGUAGGGUGCCUACCACCUCUGGUCUCCCCUAAUUCAUUGCAGACUGCCUUCUGCCCCCAAUCCACUUAUCUAGUUUACCAACAACCACCUUGUUGCUACAUCCAAUGCACCUCCCCCCCCCCCCCAGGGCAUAGCCUCUAACCCUCUGGAAGCAUUGGCUUUGUGGUCUACUCCUCCAGGAGAUCCAGAUCAGAACCCCAUGACUGAGUCGUACAGCUGUUCACCAAGACCUGGUAACUUCUUUGGCUCUUGCCUGGACAAAAGGCUCCUAACUGAUCACUCAUUAAAUGUCUCCCCCUCUGUCCAUCCUUUAACCCCGGGCUAUAAUAAACUCAUUACAAAAUAAAUGGGGAGGUCCUGUCCCUGCUCUAGAACCUCCUCUAGUUCCCCAUUGCCCUCAGGCUAAAGCCAGACUCUUUGGACAGGCACAUAAACUUUCCAGUCUUCAGGCAGACUGAACCCUGAGAACAGGCUUAGGGAAGCUGACGGGUCUGGAGAUUUCUCAGGGCCAGGAGGAGGAGUCCUAUCUAAAGUCUGCAGAAAAGGGAAUCGUAUUCUGGUUUCCUAGCAUAGGACACCCCACUCAAGACUAGGAAUCCUUUCUGAGCUUGGAAUCGGGUCCUCCUUGGAGCAGGGAUGGGAGUCAUCAGUCAGGACCACAGGAGGUGAGAGUGAUAGGAAAGGACUGGGGCCUGGGCACGGAGGGGUUAACUACAAAGCGAAUCUAGGAGAGCGAGAUCAAUGGGUUACUCACUGCAGAAAGAGGCAGGAGCAAAGCAGAGAGGCAGAGGAGCCAGGCAGAAGAGCAUGCCACUCGGGAAAUCAGGAUCUGAGGAGGAGGUGGCUACUUCGGAGGGAGUGCCCAAGUCCAGCUCGGCAGAGGAGGGGCCUUAAAGGAGAAGAGGGAGCAGUGGGAGUCAGACCUGUACCUGCAGGGAGGCACCAAGAGGAAGCCACUGAGCCAGGAGGCAGCUUCAGCCUGGCCAGUUCACCCAGGAUCAAGCCCAGGGUUGAGGUGCCCGACUGACGGGGAGAUGGCUGAUGCCCAGAACAUUUCGCUAGACAGCACGGGGAGUAUAGCGGCUGUGGCCGUGCCUGUGGUCUUUGCCCUCAUCUUCCUGCUGGGCACAGUGGGCAAUGGGCUGGUGCUGGCGGUGCUGCUGCAGCCCGGCCCGAGUGCCUGGCAGGAGCCUGGCAGCACUACAGAUCUGUUCAUCCUCAACCUGGCAGUGGCGGACCUCUGCUUCAUCCUGUGCUGCGUGCCUUUUCAGGCCGCCAUCUACACGCUGGACGCCUGGCUUUUUGGGGCCCUCGUUUGUAAGGCUGUGCACCUGCUCAUCUACCUCACCAUGUAUGCCAGCAGCUUCACGCUGGCGGCUGUCUCAGUGGACAGGUACCUGGCCGUGCGACACCCGCUGCGCUCGCGCGCCCUGCGCACGCCGCGCAACGCCCGCGCCGCCGUGGGCCUGGUCUGGCUGCUGGCGGCGCUCUUCUCGGCGCCCUACCUCAGCUACUACGGCACCGUGCGCUACGGCGCGCUGGAGCUCUGCGUGCCCGCCUGGGAGGACGCGCGCCGCCGCGCCCUCGACGUGGCCACCUUCGCCGCCGGCUACCUGCUGCCCGUGGCCGUGGUGAGCCUGGCCUACGGGCGCACGCUGCGCUUCCUGUGGGCGGCCGUGGGCCCCGCGAGCGCGGCGGCGGCCGAGGCCCGGCGCAGAGCCACGGGCCGCGCGGGGCGCGCCAUGCUGGCGGUGGCCGCUCUCUACGCCCUCUGCUGGGGCCCGCACCACGCGCUCAUCCUCUGCUUCUGGUACGGCCGCUUCGCCUUCAGCCCGGCCACCUACGCCUGCCGCCUGGCCUCGCACUGCCUCGCCUACGCCAACUCCUGCCUCAACCCGCUCGUCUACGCGCUCGCCUCGCGCCACUUCCGCGCGCGCCUCCGCCGCCUGUGGCCCUGCGGCCGCCGCCGCCCCCGCCCCUGCUGCCCCCCAGGCACCCGCCGCACCCGCCGUCGAGUCCGCCCGGCUUCCUGCGACCCCACCGGCUGCCCCGGGGACGCCCGGCCUCGCGGAAGGUUGUCGGCGGCCGGCGGCUGGGGCGGAGAGCCGGGUCAGGAGCCUGCCUGCGGCAGAGAGGCUGGAGGCGCCCAGCUUGUCCGAGGACCGGAAUAAAC